UCUCUCGUCGCUAUUGGUUACCUUAACGCAUCGCUCGUGGAAAAAAUGGCGGCCAUGAUCACCCAAAGAAGGAAUUCAAAAAUUCCCCACCUUUAGUUUGAACGAAUCCAGCGGCGGAAAAGUUCAAGAAAAAGAAAUCUGGAGGAAUAUCGUUUGCUUCCCCACGCUGGCUGAAAAGUAGAAGGCGUCGCGAGCUACUUCAGGCUUGUCUCGCUAUGUUUUGCUCGUCGCUUCGCUCUUGUCAACAGCUGUUGAACCAAGUGCUGAAGCAGCUCUCCUUGUUGACUGUUGACAACACGUCUGCGCCCUUAACUUGCUGCCAUUGACAUAGAUAGAUCGAUCGAUAGAUCGAUCGAUCUCCGCGUCAAUUUGCCGUCAACAGCGAUUUCAUUGCGUGCGUGUUGUCAACGAGACGCUUUUGUGGCGAUGGACUGCAUGCUCAUCAUGAACCGGAUGGGUUCUCUGGGCAGCUCGGCUGCAGCCCAGCGGAGGCGCAUGGCCCUUGGGGUGGUCAUCCUCCUGCUGGUGGACGUCAUCUGGGUGGCCUCCUCCGAGCUGACAUCAUACAUUUUCAGGCGGCAGGAGUACAACAAGCCCUUUUUCAGCACCUUCGCCAAGACAUCCAUGUUGGCGCUCUACUUGCUGGGCUUCCUGCUGUGGCGGCCCUGGAGGCAGCAGUGCGCCGGCGCGCUCAAACGCCGACACCGUUUUGGCGAUCCGGAAGCCUACUUUGCGCCCUGCGCCAACGACACGGCUGUCAACGACGGCUUGAGCGAACCGCUCUACGUGCCCGUCAAGUUUCCGGACGCGCCCGCCGAGCUCGCCAACGGCUCCAUGGAAACGAAUGGCCAAUCUGCGGCCUGUAAAAAGCAGCGGGUGCGUUUCAGCCACAUGACGGAGGUGCGGCGGCUGCCCUCCACGCAAGCCGUGGAAGCCAAACUGUCACGCAUGUCCUACCCGGCUGCCAAGGACCAGGAGGCUGCGCUGCACGCGGCUACCAAGCUGAGCGUCCGCGACGUGGCCAAGCUCAGCUUCUUUUUCUGCUUUGUGUGGUUUCUGGCCAACCUGUCGUACCAGGAGGCCCUCUCGGACACACAGGUGGCCAUCGUCAACAUUUUGUCGUCCACCUCAGGCCUCUUCACGCUCAUCUUGGCCGCCGUCUUCCCCAGCAGCAGCAGCGACCGCUUCACGUUGUCCAAAUUGCUGGCGGUGGCGCUGAGUGUGGGAGGCGUGGUCUUGGUCAGCCUGUCAGCCUUGGAGCGGCCCGACGACAAAGGCGCCGCGGGUUCCUUGUGGUCCCUGGCUGGGGCCCUUUUCUACGCCGUCUACGUGGUCAUGAUCAAGAGGUGGGCGGAUGGCGAGGAGAAGCUGGACAUCCCCAUGUUCUUGGGCUUCGUAGGGCUCUUUAACCUGCUGCUGCUGUGGCCGGGCUUCCUGCUGAUGCACUACGCCGGCUUGGAGGCCUUUGAGAUCCCCGGCCGGCUGGUGUGGACCUACAUCUUGCUCAACGGCCUCAUCGGGACAGUCCUCUCUGAGUUCCUGUGGCUCUGGGGCUGCUUCCUGACUUCGUCGCUCAUCGGGACCCUGGCCCUCAGCCUCACCGUGCCGCUCUCCAUCUUGGCCGAUAUUUGCACGCAGAAGGUGCGCUUCUCCUGGCUGUUCUUGGCAGGGGCGGUGCCCGUCUUCCUCUCCUUCUUCAUGGUCACACUCUUGUGCCAUUACAACAACUGGGACCCGGUGACGGUGGGCUUGAGGAGACUCCGCGCCUUUGUUUUUCGAGCACACCGCGUUCCCAGGCUCCCCGAGGACCGGGAGCUGUGCGAAAGCCUUCUCCCUUUGCACGCCGUCUCCAUGAACCAAAGAAGCCUGUGCUCGUGAUCUGCUCUCUGAAAAACCUGCUCGCCGUCCGCCCAGCCGCCGCAGAGACGAUGGAGCCGGCCCGGCCCGUGCCUCUAUUUUCAGUGCUUCCGUGAGGCGGUGGCAGAGGCAGCGGCUUUUGACUUUUUCACCGGGUUCAGUGGCAACCCAAGAGGCGGAGGACUGGAGCGGGCGGGACUCGUCACGCUUCUUUUUGCUUUUCCUCUGGCGAGAUUAAAAGAAAGGAUGAGCGCAACCACAACACCAAUUUUGGGGCCGGCCGCUGUCAUUCCAGACUUUCUAUUGGGUGAUAAUGAGAAGAAUUUGAAAAGAUUUGAUGAUGAACCUGCCACUAUUGUUUCCUGAACGGCUUCAGCACUUGACCUUUGGGACAAACGUGUUCCUUCUUCUGGUGUGACGCGGGGGCGUUUGUUUGAAAACACAUGAUUCCAGUUUCUUGUCGUUUUGCCUUGAUUGUUGGGGGGGAAAAAUGCCAAUCAUUUCUUUUUGUUGACCAUCAUCUUGUUUUUUGAUUUGACGGAUUCUCUUUCUCGGGUUCAACACAAUUAAAGACUUUUUUUUUUUUUUUAA